AUGAAACUGCGAAAGAAAAGCAAUUCGAAAGAUGCGACAAAAAAUAAGAAACAACAGGAAACGUCGACAAAAGUGAAGAAGAAGGGAGCCGAGAAAAACAAGAGUAUGCGUUCGAUGAAGACCAAAAAGAAGAGUGGUUUUAAACAUCAGAAUAGUAAAAGGGAGAAGAAAAAAUCGACGCUUGCAUCAAUCCGGAACCCUCCAACCAUACCACUUCAAACACAAGCUUAUGAGAGUUUCGCAGCCAGUAUCCUAUCAUCUGGCGUGGAGGGGCUGAUCAAGGAGUACAUUGAGACGUUGGUCCCAUUUGUUCCGGUUGGCUAUUACGAACGCACGAUUUUCGAUCAGAACACCGAGCAGAAGAAGAAUCGAUAUAAAGAUGUUGUCUGUAACGAUAAGACACGUGUGAUUCUGAAAGACGGACUGCCGGGAGACUACAUCCAUGCCAACUACCUCAAAGGCUCCAAACCCCUCUACAUUCUCACCCAAGGACCACUCAAAGACAGUCAACACGAUAUGUGGAGAAUGGUUCUUCAGGAGGGCGUCGCGGCGAUUUGUAUGCUCUGUGAGCUCGUUGAGCAUGGACGGCCCAAAUGUGAGCCCUAUUUUCCGGAUGCUGAAGGACAGGCGCUUGUGUUUGGAGAGAUUACUGUAACGUGUACAGACUACACACUUCCCGAUGUGCAUACUCAGUUGAGAGUGUUGACGGUGGUAGAUAAGAAGACGGGCAAGAGUCACAAGUUGAAUCAUCACAAAAUUGUUACAUGGCCCGACAAAACUAUCCCUCUCUCCAACCUGAGUGUCCUUCGAACCCAUCGAAUCCUCCGAAAAAUGCAAGGACCCGUUGUUGUGCAUUGCUCAGCCGGUGUCGGCAGAACUGGGACGUUUGCAGCGAUUGAAAUUGGCGUUCAAUGCCUUCUCAAUGGCAAAAUGUUCCGGCCGGUGGACCUGGUGAAGGCCAUGAGACACUGUCGCCUGCACAGCGUUCAAAUGGACACACAGUACUUGAUGUUGGUUGAAGCGAUUCUGGACACUGGCGUCGCAUUCAAGUACAUUGAGGAUGCGAAACUACUGGAGGCUAUUGAAUUAUAUAAGAGACAGACGGCGGAUUAUGUGGAAGCUCAUCCACCGCCGCUGGAGAUGGUUAAGACCCCUAUGAAGAAGGAGAAGGAACCUGAAGAAGCUCCACAAGUGCAACCUCAAAAUCCAGCACCCACCAAUACCAUCUAUCCACUGCUCUCGAAUCCGAUUGGUCCACCACCGCAAGCCAAGCCAGCUUCCCCAUCACCGUCCCCGGCUCCGGCUGUCAAGUCUCCGGCUCCUCCGCCCACCCCAGCUCAGACACCGCCUCUAGAGAAGAAUCGAGAGAAGAAUCCUGCACAAACUGCAGCAGGAUCAACUCCGGCAGGACCAUUGCCUCUUGUUACCCCAGCGACUCCACUACCCGGUGGACCGAUUCCCGGACCCCCUCCUGCAAAAGCAGCAACAGUCGCCACCACCGCCAAACAACCAGCCAAACAACAGCACGUACCUAUGAUGAAGGCGUCGAAAGAAGUCGUGGGACGUUCGAAAGAGAAGAUUCGAGAAAAGUCAAAAUAG